CGCGUCGUGGCCGGAAGCGGAAGUGCUGAGCAGGUGCCACCAUGGCGGCCCCGGGGGCGGCGGACGGGGGAAGCUCCGGAGACUCCGCGGGGCCCGCGACGGUGUCCCGGAAGGUGAAGUACGCCAGCCUGGGCGUGCUGGUGCUGCAGAACGCGUCGCUGGUGCUCAGCAUCCGCUACGUGCGCACCCUGCCCGGGGAGAGGUUCCUGCCCACCACGGCCGUGGUGAUGGCCGAGGCCAUGAAGGGCAGCGCCUGCCUGCUGCUGCUGCUCAUCCAGCACCGGGGCAGCGUCCGGCAGACGGCGGUGACGCUGCACGAGGCCGUGGUGGGACAGUUUGGGGACACGCUGCGCCUGGCUGUCCCCUCCCUCAUCUACACCCUGCAGAACAACCUGCAGUACGUGGCCAUCUCCAACCUGCCCGCCGCCACCUUCCAGGUGACGUACCAGCUGAAGAUCCUGACCACGGCGCUGUUCUCGGUGCUGCUGCUGGGCACGGCGCUGUCGCGGCUGCAGUGGCUGUCGCUGGCGCUGCUCUUCGCGGGGGUGGCGCUGGUGCAGGCCGAGCAGGCUCGGGCCGUGCCGGCCGGGGCGCUGCCGCCGUCCGCGGGCCCCGAGGCGCCGCCCGCGAGAGCUACGCCGUGGGGCUGGCGGCCGUGGGCCGCCUCCUGCCUGUCCUCGGCGCCGGGCGUCUACUUCGAAGCGGCUGCUGAAGCGCCGGGCGGCUCCAUCUGGCUGCGCAACGUGCAGCUGGGCGCCGUGGGCACCGUGGGGCUGGGCGCCAUGCUGGCCGCCGAGGGCCCCGCCGUGGCCGCCCGCUUCUUCUACGGCUACAACGGCGCCGUGUGGGCCGUGGUGGUGAACCAGGCGGCCGGGGUGCUGGUGGCCGUGGUGGUGCGCUACGCCGACAACAUCCUCAAGGGCUUCGCCACGGCGCUCUCCAUCCUGGCCUCCACGGCCGCCUCGGCGCACCUGUUGGCUUCCGCCGCCGCUGCGCUCUUCCUGGCCGGCACCGCCAUGGUGCUCGCCGCCGUCGUGCUCUACGGGCGGCCCCGCAGCCAGGCCGGCACCCGCGGGCAGGACCCCGGCAAGUCUCCCAGCAAGGCCAAGGGCACCUGACGGCUCCGAGCGACCCCGGGCCCUAUAGAGCGACCCCGGGCCCUAUAGAGGGUGCCUGGGGCCCUGUGGGGCGCUAUAGGAUCCACAUGGACCCUCUGUAGAGCCCUGUGCCCCCCCCGGGACCCCUCAGUCCCUACAGCUGCCAUAUGGACCCUCCCCUCUGGGGGCUAUAGGGACAGCUCCCCCCAGUCCCUAUAGGUGCCAUAGGGACCCUCCCCAGUCCCUAUAGGGCCAUAUGGACCCUCCCCAGUCCCUAUAGGGGCCAUAUGGACCCUCCCCAGUCCCUAUAGGGGCCAUAUGGACCCUCCCCAGUCCCUAUAGGGGCCAUAUGGACCCUCCCCAGUCCCUAUAGGGCCAUAUGGACCCUCCCCAGUCCCUACAGGGGCCAUAUGGACCUGACCACCUCCCAGUCCCUAUAGGGGCCAUAUGGACCCUCCCCCCAGUCCCUAUAGGGGCCAUAUGGACCCCCCCCCAGUCCCUA